CAUUAGGACGCAACGCCCGAAAUAUCCCUCAGUGACCCCAACACCAGCUGAAGACGACCCAACACGAGCCACACGCAGAGCAUUAACCAUCUGAGAGCAUGGAGAGAGUGGUGGAGAUUGAGGCCAUUGAUUUGGCGUGUGAGGUGAACAACACCAAUCACCACACACAUCUGAACGGUGUGGACAGACUGAUCGUGAGAAGAGGACAGACUUUCACCAUCCAUUUACACCUCAGAGAGGGAACUCACUUCCAGAAUGGAGACAACAUCAAAUUUAUCGCCCAAACAGGUCCGAUCCCAUCAGUGGAGGCUCAAACCAAAGCCAGAUUCAGCCUGAGUAAAGUGAUCUCUCGCUGGAGCUGGAGCGCCACGGCAGAAACCCACAACAGCACAGUUUCUCUGAGCGUCUGCGCACACACAAAUGCUCCAGUCGGCCGCUACACACUGAUCCUGGACCAGGGAGACGGAGUCAUUCUGGGGGAGUUUGUGCUGCUCUUUAACCCCUGGUGCAAAUUGGACUCUGUGUAUCUGGCGAAUGAAGCUGAGAGGGAGGAAUACGUUCUCUCUCAGGACGGCCUGAUUUACCGCGGUACACCCAAAAGAAUCACAGUUCUACCAUGGACAUUUGGACAGUUUGAGCAGGGAAUCCUGGACAUCUGCCUGCAGAUUUUGGAUGAAAGCCCGAAUUACAUCAGUGACGCGGCUCUGGAUUGUUCUGAGAGGAAGAAUGCUGUGUAUGUGACUCGAGUCCUCAGUGCAAUGAUCAACAGUCUGGGUGAUAAAGGAGUCGUGGUGGGCAACUGGUCAGAUGAUUAUGAAGACGGAGUAAAGCCCACCGUGUGGAAGGAUAGCUGCUCGAUCCUCCACCAGUGGAGUAAUGAAGGCUGCAGGGCAGUGCGUUACGGACAGUGCUGGGUGUUUGCUGCUGUCGCCUGCACAGUGUCCAGAGCUCUGGGAAUCCCCUGCAGAGUCAUCACCAACUUUGGAUCAGCACGUGACAGCAAUGGCGACCUAAUAAUGGAGCGUUUCUACAAUGAAUUUGAUGAGAACAUUGCAGACGACUCCAUAUGGAACUACCAUGUUUGGGUGGAGAACUGGAUGACCCGUCCAGAUCUUGCACUGGGGUAUGAGGGUUGGCAAGCGAGCGACCCAACACCACAGCACAGAAGUGACGGCGUCUUCUGUUGUGGACCGGCUUCUGUGAGAGCUAUUAAAGAGGGCGAGCUCACCUUCAAAUUCAACGUCCCGUUCGUGUAUGCGGAGGUGAACGCUGACGUGGUGGAGUACAUCAAACUGAGAGACGGACGAGUGUUCAAGAUGGGCGGGUCCACGACGGAGAUUGGGAAAUCCAUCAGCACUAAAGCAGUGGGUCGAGAUGAGAGAGAGGACAUUACACACAACUACAAGUAUCCAGAGGGUUCUGAAGAAGAGAGAAAAGUUUUUGAGAAAGCAAAUCAUCACAACAAACUGGCUAAAGCAGGAGAGGAACCUGGUUUACACAUCAAGAUCCGAGUAACCCCUGAUAUGCAGAUCGGCUCUGACUUUGACGUCUACGCUGAGAUCAAAAACAACACGAUGGUCACAAAGUCCUGCCGGGUCAUGUUUUACGCACAAGCAGUGUCCUAUAAAGGCACACUUGGAGAGACCUGCGGACUGGGAGAGUUUACGGAGAUGAGUUUGGCUUCUUCUGAGGGAGAAUGCCAAGAACUUCUGGUCGGCAGCCGAUGCGUAUAA